GCGCCAUAUUGACAAUAGGCGGCUGUACUUGAUGAAAAUGGAGGUGUUUGGAGUACAAAAUUAGUGUUCGAACAUUUAGCGAUGGUGAACGUUUUCAAACAGUGCAAUUACGAGUGGUUGUGGCUAUAGAUCGACGGAACGUCGCGUACUGUAACGAUUCGUUCAAGUUGUGUGUAGUAUAGAACUAGCAAUAGGCUUGUAGCGCCGCUAAUCCCUUUAGCAGGUCAUCUCAGAGGCUUCUGUAAUCUCGUUAACGGUAACUAGAUUUAAUUCUGGACUAAAGCUAGUAUAAGAGCAUGUCAGUGGUCAAAGUUAAUCACCACACCCAGCUUAAUACGAUGGUGGCCGUUGUGGGAAGUGUCAAAUUGUAGGUGUGUGUUUUUAGCGAAAUCGUAGGACGCGGCGUGAAUGAAUAUCGUGGCCCCAUCAAGUAGUCCACGACCAUGCAGUGUUGUCAAUCAGAUGAGGCUCGAGAACAGAAAAGAAUCAAUGCCGAAAUUGAAAAACAACUCCGUCGAGACAAGCGAGAUGCUAGGCGAGAGCUCAAAUUACUACUUCUUGGGACUGGAGAGUCUGGGAAGUCAACAUUUAUCAAACAAAUGCGAAUUAUCCAUGGCGCCGGUUACUCUGAUGAGGAUAAAAGAGGAUUCAUUAAAUUGGUCUAUCAAAACAUUUUUAUGGCCAUGCAAAGUAUGAUUAAGGCCAUGGACCUCCUUAAAAUACAAUAUGGAAAUUCUGCUAGCCAGGAGAAAGCAGAACUAAUCAAAAGUAUAGAUUAUGAAACUGUUACAACUUUUGAAAGUCCUUAUGUGGAGGCCAUAAAAGAUCUCUGGGGUGAUGCAGGAAUUCAGGAAUGUUAUGAUAGACGUAGGGAGUAUCAACUUACAGAUUCCGCCAAAUACUAUCUGGAAGAGAUAGAUCGAGUAGCUGCGCGCUCCUACUUGCCUACAGAGCAAGACAUCUUACGUGUGAGAGUGCCCACUACAGGCAUCAUCGAAUAUCCUUUUGAUCUCGACGAGAUCAGGUUUAGUUAUCUUAGUGAUCUGGAGCGCAUAAAAGAUCCCGAUUACUUACCAACCGAGCAGGAUAUCCUGAGAGCGAGAGCGCCUACGACGGGCAUCAUCGAAUAUCCAUUCGAUCUCGACUCCAUUAUCUUUAGGAUGGUAGACGUAGGAGGACAGAGAUCCGAAAGAAGAAAAUGGAUUCAUUGUUUUGAAAAUGUCACUUCCAUCAUCUUUUUAGUAGCUUUAAGUGAAUACGACCAGAUCUUAUUUGAAUCCGAAAAUGAGAAUCGUAUGGAAGAGUCCAAAGCACUUUUCAAAACAAUUAUAACUUACCCAUGGUUUCAACAUUCAUCUGUAAUAUUAUUUUUAAAUAAAAAAGAUUUAUUAGAAGAAAAAAUAAUGUAUUCGCAUCUCGUUGAUUAUUUUCCAGAGUACGAAGGUCCGCAACGAGAUGCGAUAGCAGCUAGGGAAUUUAUCCUAAGAAUGUUUGUAGACCUGAACCCAGACAGUGAAAAAAUAAUAUACUCACAUUUUACUUGUGCCACAGAUACGGAAAAUAUAAAAUUCGUCUUUGCGGCCGUAAAAGAUACAAUCUUACAGUCGAAUCUACGCGAGUACAACCUGGUCUAGUACUACUUAUCAUGGUUUUGUACUCUCCUGGAGGUUGAUUUUGCUGAAGACGCCCCGGCCUAUAAUCAGCCAGGGUUUACAACUUGUUUCGAACAUGUUUUCUAUAUUAUUAUUUUGGAUGUACGGAACACCGUAAAUAAUUUUUAUUAAGCAUGGUUUAAACAAGUUUUAGACAUAAUGAAAAUAAAACCCUGUAUACAGCUAAAAAUAGCCAGAGCCGGGACCAACAAAAUGUUAAAAUGUGAUCUGUCCACCACUUCUUAGUCUACGGGUCUUUUUAGAAAAAUCUAAUGAAAACUUGUCCUCAAAAAAAAAGAACAACGUGAAAAAAUGUAUGUGUCCAACAGUGUGUGUAACACUUAGCCUAGUGUACCAUUGGCGAAGAUUGAUGGAUUUUUUUUAAAACAGUGCGAUAACCUACAAAACGUGACUUUUCAGUAUACUGGGUGUGACAAUAAUUUUCCUUUUUUCAAUAUCUUGGUAUUUAUAUAUAGUUUUUAUAAUAGUUUCAUGAAGUAGUGCUUUUAAUUAACAAUUCUCCUUGUGGAAAUCUGCCUAUUUUGUUAAACGAUUGUAGGUUUUCCAUAAACAUAUCUGCUUUCCUAGUUAAUUUACACUAAUAUAAGAGAGAUACAAAUAUUUUGUGACAGACGCAGAUUUCAUAUAAACUUGCAGAUAUUUUAUUAAUUAAAUUAUUGUGGUGGAGAAAAAGCAUAUGUUGUGAUGGUGAAGUGCACAUUUUCGAUCGAUUAUUAAAAGCAUCUUUGGGCACUAUAAAUAUUGCCGUUUCUUAGAAUUUCUUGUCUUUUAAAAAGAUAACUAUUUUUAUGUAAUAAUUAUCGAUAUCAGCAUCAGCAUUUAUAGUUAGUAGCAAAUUUAAUAUUUAAUUACAUAGGUGGAUUUUCUAAUAUUUUUGGUGUUUUAAAUUUUCGAAAUGCUUGUCGAUUAAAUGUUUUUCAGCUGAAUAAAAAGAAUUUUUCAUCGCUAAUCACUACAAUUAUAACCAUAUCGAUUGAUAUCGAUAUUAAUUGUUCCGAUUUUAGUGAAUUUAUUAUAUUUUAUACUUCUUUGCACAUUGAGAGAAAGAUAAAAACUAAGACCUUGACGAAACGCCAAUUAAUGCCACGCCCUGAUAGUAUUGUUAUUAUAUAAUAUAUUUAAUUUAGAAAAUAGGAAUUAAGGAAACAAAAUUUUUUGGGUCCGGUACUUUUUAAAAAAAUGUGUUUAAAAAGGCCAAAAAGGAGAUGAGCUUUUCAUUUGGCUCUCAAACUAGUCUGAAGCAUAGUGAUCGUAGUAGAUUUUCGCGAAGAACACACUUUAUUUUUUAACUAAUUAAUUUAUUCCAAAAUCUCAUGUUUUCCAUUACUGUUCGUUAAAACCUACUACAUCGCUAAUCUCGAAACAAUUUUUUGACAUUUAUAUUGUAUAUCUUUAAUCCACCAUGUCUUAAUGACAUAGAUUUUGUUAAAGUAUUGAUUGGCUACAAGGAAAAUUUCGCAUGACCAAAGUUACCAUAUAGAAAAACUUGUGUGUUGGAAGAAAUACGUCCUGUAGACCUGAAUUGGGCCAAUAACUUUAUACGCCACAUGUUUCUAAUUAAAUUCAAUAAAUUAUUUGUGUGAAAUGGGACUUUUGUGCCAUUUAAAAUUCAAUUACAAAGAAAUAAUUGUAUAAAAGAGUAUGGAUUUUACCUGUACCUUCCUAAAAAACCUGCUUAAUAAUCUAAUAUUUGUUUAUAAAAUUAUUUAUUUCCUUAUUAGAUAUUGUACAACCUGUUAGCUAAUUAAUUAAAUAUUUCUCUAGUUUUAUUAUCUUUUGGAUUUUGUUUUUAUAUCGACUUUUAACAAAUUUUAAUAGCGACCAAAGUAAAAACUAAAAAUUUUAUUCAUUUUUUUUCUAUUAAUACACUUAUUGGCUAUUUUCUAAACUGUACAUUCUUGUUAUAAAGUGACUGGCCCGAUCGUUUGAAAGGCCCCGCAGGGACAUGUCUUUUCAUUCUAAGAAUGACAAGAUAUUUCCUAGAUUAGAGAAAGAAAGAAUGUGAUGCAAUCUUGCUUUCUUUGCGUAAUUGUUCAGUUAAUAUACUAUACUAAUGGCAAUUUAAAAAAAAUAUAUAUAUAUAGGAGCUUGGUUUUUUGUGGGUAUGAAAUUUGUCUGAUUGGAUUUGAAUGAAUGUAGAAGAAUAUUCGAGAUGUCUUGCAAUAGUCUAUGAAUUUGUAAAAUCAUUUCUUGUCAAAAGUAUAGAAUUUUUUUCUGAUAA